AGAAGGCGACCAUGUUGAUUUAAAGGAAGAAGAAACACAAUAGAGGAGAUUUAUUUCAAGUAAAAAUCAGAUUAUGAAGCGAAUUUUAAAGGAAGUAGUUGAUCAACCACACACUGAAUAUACCUUGUAAAAACAACAGAGGUACUAAGGUUACAUGUUUGAGUUGUUGGCUGACUUUGAGGAGGUGGCGGGUUGAUCACAGCCGCACUCACACACUUCACACACCGACCUGAAGACCUGUGGUGUCUGUGGAGAGAGGUGUCGGAACACCUGGAGGAGAAAGGAAGCGCACACUGAGGACUCAAAAGGGGUGGAAAGCUUUUUGGCUUUGGACUAGAAACCCCCUUUUGUUUUUGUGAAUUCAGGAUCCAGGUUUUUUUUUCACACAGUGGAGCGACAUAUCCACACACAGUGGAAACAAACGGAGAGCAUUACAGACUAUAUGAUAUUGGGGAAAAACGUGUACAAAGGUGGACAUCCUUUUUUGGAAGAACAGGGAUAGUGAGCAACUCUAUGGACUCAAAGUGGAAAGAGGAAAUGUUCAAUUUAGAAAGACAAGUUUAAGCAUUGAACUAAGAUUAUAUUGAAGAGGCUGUUCCCCAAGUUCAGAUUGCCUUAGUUGUUCUAUUUCAGGACUUGAACCGCUUUGAUACUUGUUCACAUAUAAUUUUUCUAUAUUGUGGGCAAGUAUAUACAUGCAUAUGAAUGCAAAUUUCUCUUCAUUUUGAAGAGCUCUUGUGUAAAAACGUGUCUUUUGUUUGUUUUGUUGUUGUUCCUGUACGUCAGUCACUCUGUUGUUGAAGGGGACCGAACUGCACGUACAUGUGUAUAUGUAAAUACUACCAAUUGACUUCAGUUGUGAAAGCUUUGGACUUAAAAAGAAUAGAGAAUAUUGUUUGUUAAUGCUUUAUUAAACUUUUUUACUUUUGAAGAGAAUUUUUAAAAAGAAAAACCUAAGAGGCAAAAAUCUAACACUUUUGAAGAAGAAGAAAAAAAACAAGCAAGGAAAACGGGACAAAAUGGCCACUGCCAGAACAGAAAACGCUGGCCCGGUCAUCAUGGGACUGAACAAGCAGAACGGGCAGCUCAGAGGACAGACCAAACCAGCUUCAGUCCAGCCAGCACCCACAACUCAAGGAAAGGCUUUGGGUGCUCCCCAGAUAGCAGGCGGUGCUGCUCAGGAUGGAGGAGGCAUCAAGUUUGGAGAUGACUGGAAAAAGAGCCUAAAGCUCCCACCCAGAGACAACCGGGUCAAGACUUCAGAUGUGACGUCCACGAAGGGGAAUGAGUUUGAAGAUUACUGUCUCAAAAGAGAACUCCUGAUGGGCAUCUUUGAGAUGGGUUGGGAGAAACCUUCCCCUAUCCAGGAGGAGAGCAUUCCCAUCGCCCUAUCUGGACGGGAUAUUCUGGCUCGGGCUAAGAACGGAACAGGGAAAAGUGGAGCUUAUCUCAUCCCACUGCUGGAGAGAAUAGACCUGAAAAAGGACUACAUACAGGCACUUGUCAUGGUGCCCACCCGUGAGCUGGCUCUGCAGGUGAGCCAGAUCUCCAUCCAGAUCAGCAAACACCUGGGGGGGGUCAAAGUCAUGGCCACCACCGGGGGCACCAACCUGCGAGAUGACAUCAUGCGUCUGGAUGAGACCGUGCAUGUUGUCAUCGCCACGCCUGGCAGGAUCCUGGACUUGAUAAAGAAGGGAGUAGCAAAGGUGGAUAGAGUCCAGAUUAUGGUGAUGGAUGAGGCCGACAAGCUGCUGUCUCAGGAUUUCGUGGUGCUCAUCGAGGAUAUCAUCAGCUUCCUGGCCAAGGGCAGGCAGAUCCUGCUCUACUCUGCCACCUUCCCCAUCAGCGUGCAGAAGUUCAUGGCCAAGCAUCUUCAGAAACCCUACGAGAUCAACCUGAUGGAGGAGCUGACUCUGAAGGGCAUUACUCAAUACUACGCCUACGUCACGGAGAGGCAGAAAGUCCACUGCCUCAACACACUGUUCUCCAGGCUUCAGAUCAACCAGUCGAUUAUCUUCUGUAACUCCACUCAGAGGGUGGAGCUCUUGGCCAAGAAGAUCACUCAGCUGGGCUACUCCUGCUUCUACAUCCACGCCAAGAUGAUGCAGGAAUACAGAAACCGCGUGUUUCACGACUUCAGAAAUGGACUGUGCAGGAACCUGGUCUGCACUGAUCUCUUCACCAGGGGUAUUGACAUCCAGGCUGUCAAUGUAGUCAUCAACUUUGACUUCCCCAAGAAUGCUGAGACUUACCUCCAUCGCAUUGGAAGAUCAGGGAGGUUUGGUCACCUGGGCUUGGCCAUCAACCUGAUCACGUCAGAGGACCGCUUCAACCUGAAGGCCAUCGAGGACCAGCUGGUGACCGACAUCAAGCCCAUUCCCAGCAGCAUCGACAAGAGCCUCUACGUGGCCGAGUUCCACACGUCCGGCGCCGACUGCGAUGUGGAGGAGAUCGAGGAGAAGCCAGGACGCCAACAGGACGGCACCUAAAACAGGAUGCUACGGGCUUUUGCACAGACAUCAUCGCACACAGGCAACUCUUCAGUUCCAAAUUUCUCCCAGAGCCUGUAGAGUGGACGCAAAGACUGUUUUUUUUUUUAAACAUUUCCUUAUCUUUUCCACAAAAAGCGCUGCCUCAUUCAUUUUUUUUUUUUUAUUUUUUUUUUUCUUUUCUUUUCUUUUCCAUAAUUAAUUGAGAAGCCAUAUUGUUUUGCACCAAACUCGGAAUGGACCGUGCAUCCUGCGUAUGAGCUUAGUGUUUCUUUCCUCCGCGUGAUCUCGGUGAGACGACACUCGGCUGUCCUAAACAGAGAGUAUCGGAGCUGUUCUGAAGCCGUCCUUCUCAGAGACAGUUGUCGUUGUCGGCAGCAAGGUCGGCCUCUUUUUAACCGUACAACGGUGCACUCGCACCAGCCACCGGUCUGUCCACCUAACACUGUUGUCGUCACUCAAGUGCCUUACUUACUCCCAUGCGCACUCAUCCUUUCAUAGCCUGCUGUCUUCUGUCAUGCAGCAGAGUACGAGCACAAAUACGAUGAAUUUAAUAGUAACGCGAGUUUAUUUACACAUCCAUUAUGCAAGGGAAAAAGACAACACACACACGCUCUCUCUCUGCUACUGAGAGGUGUGUAGUAACACGGCUCAAACUCCUUUUAAAAAAUACAUCCUGAAUGUGAACGUGUAUUUUUAAUGUGAACGUUGCAAUAAAGAAAAACAAGGGCAGCUUUAUUUAAAUACUGCGUGACUGUUUCCCCCCCUUUCAUCAUGAAUAGUACACGAGCAGAGUUAAUACGAGAAGACUGCUCGACACACAAGCCCCCGUUACUGAUCCAUGGAGUUUAUUUGGCUGUUGCUGGUGAGUCGGCCUGCAGACGGCUUCUCCUCGUCUGGAGGUUUUUUGACAUUGAUCCCGUUGGGCUGGUGAGUACUGUAAACCUGUCGGGCCACUGUAGCUGUGAAACUGGUUUCUUCUCCUUCAUGCUGCAGCAGUGCAGGACUAAUGCAUCAGAGGCUGUUUCAGAACAGCUUUGACACGAACGUCUGCAUCGCUAAGCUCAGACACAGAAUGACGGGUCCAUGGAAUAAAUAGUUUUUGUGGAAGUUGGUGCAAAACAAUAGUUAGAAUUUUCUUUUUCUCUUUGCCGACUGCUUCAGAGUCGGUUCUAUUGUGUGGAAAUACAGUUAUUAUUUACUGGAGCAUUAUUUCUUUCUCCAAAUACUGAGGUAAACCUUUCUUUUUAGGCCCCAUCGUGACAAAAUCCAAGUUGGUGAAUGUAUUGGUUGCCAAUGUCAAUACUCAGGCUGGAUGCCAAGCUCUUGAGUUGUAUCGCUGCUGUCGCACUAGAAACUGCUCUUCAGAAACCUUAUACUGGAUAUGAAAUGGUUUCAUGGGAGUCUGCUCAGUGUAUAAAGGACUACAUUGACCUUUUUAAUUUAACUUGUACUGAAACUAGAAAAGUCAGUUUUCUUUCUGCAGCAGCGAUACUUUUUUAUUUUUGUCUCCCCAGCACAGCUAUGUUUUAUGGUUCCCAGCGUGUGAGGGGCGGGCUCUGUGUUUUUGAAAGCAACAUUGUAGCAUCUCUGAACAGGCAGCUGUGACUUCUUUGUUUUUGUCCUCCCCUUUACAGAGCGUCACUAACGUAAAAAAAAAAAAAAGACGUCAAAAGAGAGUA